UACUAGAAUAUAACGCACUUGACACAGACAGUUUGUGAGUUUGACGUAGGUCUUCAUGUCUUGAAUGAUAUCUUUUUAGAGGUCGUUGAACUUUCUUUAGGACGUCGUCAUCACCAUGAAACCUUCUGUGUUUGGGACAUUCCAUUUCUGCUUGCUGUACUUCAUUCAUUCUGGAAUAUUUCUUCAUGGUUGUGAAGCAACCUUAACCAUAUAUGGUCGUCAAGGGCAGUCAGUGACAUUGUUCUGGAAUCAAACACAGGGCGUCCGGGACUUCACCAUCAAGGAUCAAAACCAGGAGAAAACAUUAAUUAAUGUUUCAAAUUGCAACACCGUAACAUUUUCCAACUAUUGGAAGGAAAGAUCGCCACAAUUCACUGGAAACUUAACACCCUCAGGAGUUGGCUUGUUCAGGUUUGUCCUACAUGAUCUGCAGCUGACUGAUGCUGGCAAGUACAUAUGCUUAAAAAGUGGACCCGGAAGGACCUGGAUUCCUGGUUGUGGAGUGGAUCUGGUUGUCAUACAGAUUCAGACACAUUUUCUGGUUGUCCCCGACCUCGUGGCUCCUGACAGCAACAGCAUGCACCUGUCAUGUUAUACCUCCAUUUUGCCACAACACCUGCAUCCAGGGGUAGUAUUUACUUGGCGGGAGAAUGGCGUUGUACUGGCGGGGAUAAAAGGUAUGGUAUGGCCGCAAACAUGGAGAUCUGGAAUGCAUGGAAAUACUUCUACAGCAGAUUGACCAUCACCGGUGUGGAGAAGAAGGAUUGCUGGCGCCGAUACUCCUGUCAGGUUGAAUUUGCGGGUCAGAUUAUGUCAAACUGGAGCAAAGAAUACAUCCUGGGAGAAGACUAUUCGAACUUAGAGGACAAGGGCGUCACAAGUGCUCGUGAAGGAACUGACGCCGUGAUGAUCUUCAAAAUGCCCCAACUCGAGUCAGAUGUGGAUAUCAAGUCUCCUGCUGGUGAAACCGUCAUUCAAGUGAAACCUUCAAACACCUAUGCGUGGCGAAGUAUGACAGUCAGAUGGGCGAUUGCGCAAGUUAUCGCAUCCUCUUCGUCAACCACCGCCCAUGUCGUGCUGACCAAUGUCACAUCCGCCGACGUAGGCAUGUACAGCUGCGUAACGACAGAUGGAAGUCUGGUUACUGAUUGUGGUCGUCGUCUCGACCUCGUAAACACAGUGAUGCCAAGGACAAGUAUCCAUGGAAAUCAGACCUGCAGUCUGGACAAAGCACCGACACCCUUGCCUCCUACUGUUGCUGCUGCAGAUGGAUGUGUCUUCUCGGCCCUGGCCUUUGUCGGAUCCUUGGUUGCAGCCAUGGUUUAUUCAAACUGAAGUCAUUGCUGUCGUUGUCGCUCAGACUAAAGUCAUUGCUGUCGUUAUUUAUUGCUGUUGUUGUCUCUCAGACUGAAGUUAUUGCUGUCGUUGUCUCUCAGACUAAAGUU